CCUACCUACCUACCUACCUACCUACCUACCUACCUACCUACCUACCUACCUACCUACCUACCUACCUACCUACCUACCUACCUACCUACCUACCUACCUGUGUCUAUCUGCCUGCGGAGUGCCAACGGAGAGUUGCAGGGAUGCUUCUUACCACGAGUGUGUUCCAGCUCGCGCUCUUCUGCCUUCUUAUAAGUAACUGUCAAGCUGCCAAGAACAGCGGUACAGAAAAGUUAAACGCUCAGUUGAUCAGUACGGUCCAGGAUACACCGAGUAGUAAUGUAUCAAUGAAUCAAGCACGCAACGGAGGAAGGCGUUUGACCAGCGCUGCGCGGAAAGAGCAGGGUCAGGCACAGAGCCAGGUGGGCUGCAGAGAGCUGCGUUCCACCAAGUACAUCUCAGAUGGUCAGUGCACCAGCCUGAACCCGGUCAAGGAGCUGGUUUGUGCUGGGGAGUGUCUUCCCUCCCACCUACUGCCCAACUGGAUCGGCUCCAGUCCCGGGUACACCAGAAAGUUCUGGAGCCGCAGGGAGGGCCAGGAGUGGCGCUGCGUCAUCGACCGGACCCGGACCCAGCGCAUCAGCCUGCAGUGUCAGGACGGAAGGUCCAGGACCUAUAAGAUCACUGUGGUUACCUCCUGCAAGUGUAAACGCUACUCCAGGCAGAACAAUGACUCUGGGAAUGGGAAGUCAGAGCUGGAGGUCAGGCAGGGCCAGGGCCAGGGCCAGGGCUCCACACUCCAGGGGCCCAAGAGGAGGAAGGGAAAGGAAGGGAAGAAUGGACGUUCUGGGCAGGAGGACUGGGCAGAAGAACAGUCUAAAAAAUACUGAACUGAGCCCGCUGGUCAGGGGGGCUCUGUACACCUCUGAGGGGUUGGAAGGUCUCUCUGUGCCCCCACUUCAGAAACAACACCAACAGACACUAGUUUUGUUUAGAAGGCAACAAUGUGUUUGCUGUAUUUAAUGCAGCUAUAUUGAGAAGGCUAUGGAAUGAUUCCUCAGACAGUGCAACUGGUUUGCCAAAUAUUGACCACUGUGGAUGUGUUUGUGUAUGUAUGCGUUUUUGUAUGAUAGAAUGAGACUAGUUCAAAUUGCACAAGAACCGCAUUUGACAGCUAAGAUGAUGAGUUCUCUCAACAGAUGAAUAUGUUGUCCACAUCAUAAUGUUUAGAUUAACAGAAAAAGCCAGAGUAUGUAUAUAAAUAGUGAUUCUAUACUCUGGGUUACUUCUUAAUGUAUGUAAAGGAUGAUUAUGACAAUGUAAUAUAUUUUUGUAUGGGGAUAGCUGAACUAAAUAUAAAUAAGUUCAUGUUUUUAUAUAUUUGCUAGAUUCUAUGUAAUCACUUUCAGGACAAAUUGUGUCUCAAAUUAUUUGCCUUGGAUAAUGAAAUAAAUCGUGUCUACUAUGAUUAGAUCACUGAUU